UAUAAGGCAUACUCGAUUGAUCUAUUCCGACCCCAAUGGCAAUAACCCACAUAUGGUAAUGGUCAAUAUCUUUUGGGAUAUUGACAAAUUGCACCUGUUAGGAUUUAGGAAUCAUCAAAUUUAACCCAAAUUUGUUUUCAUGAACUCCUGGAAGUUUUUAAAAAAAUCCCCAUAUUGCGUCAGAAUUCAUGAAAAAAACUGAACUAUUUUUUUUGGCUUUCUCAGAAAUCAUAACCCUAUUUAAGGUGAAAUUGGGGUUUUGGUAAACAACAAUUUUCUGUAAAAUUCAUAGACUUUUCUUUCUUUCUUCUCUCAACUGGGCCUUCCUCACUGUCAAUUUCAAUCAGGUAGAAAGGUAUCAUUUAAAUUAUCUAUGAUGAAGGAGGGAUUGAGACCCAACUUUUCUUCCAUUUUCUAAUUUGACCGUUGAAGAUUAUUGGUGUUCCAUAUUAGCUUGACAUCUGAUGGUGAAGAAGGAGACCGAUCGACGUUUGCAGUCAAUCUUGGGCUUAAGCUGAUUGAUACGAUGGCGAACAACUCUCAAUAUAAUGGUGGACCGGGUCCGCCUCAUCAUCCUCCUAUGGUUGGUUCCAUUGCCCCCCUGCAAAAUAUUCCUCCACAAAUGCCGGCUCAGUUUCGGACAGUGGCUCCAAUGCAUGCAUCUCAGCAAUUUGCUCCUUCAGCAUCUCAGCAGUAUCAGCCUAUUGUCCCUACAAUACCUACAAUAAAUGUAGGAAUGCCUCCAACACAGAACCAACAGAUACACUUUGCUCAACAUUUACAGCAAAUGCCUUCGGCAGGUCACGUACCCCCAACAUCGCAGUCUGUGCCAUUAUCUAAUGUUCAGUUAAACAGGCCAAUGUCAACUGGAUUGCUCCAACCUAUGCAAAAUUUGCAGGCCCCAAGUAGUUUUACACCUGCCACCGGCAGUCCAGGAAUGCCUCCUGUUUCUGCUUACGCGCAAAAUACAUACCCUACAUCUCACUAUCAACCAGUAACACAUGCAAAUCUUCAAAGCAAUGCUGUUUCUGGGCAGCCGUUGCCAGCUUCUGGAAACCAGGAUGCUUCAUUUGCAUCAAUGCAACAAAGUGGACAGCCUCCAACAUCUAUUUCCACUGCUUUGCCAGUUGAACCGAAGCCUGUUGAAAAAUCUUCCUCUGAUUGGAUCGAACACACUAAAAAUGGAAGGAGAUUUUACUACAAUAAGAAGACAAAGCGAUCUACGUGGGAAAAACCUUUUGAACUGAUGACUCCUAUUGAGAGAGCUGAUGCUACUACUGACUGGAAAGAAUUUUCAGGCCCUGAUGGAAGAAAGUAUUUUUAUAACAAAGUGACCAAACAGUCCAAGUGGUUGAUUCCCGAAGAGCUCAAGCUGGCACGUGAGCACGCCGAAAAAACCUCCAUUAUGUUGGAUGUUGCACCUGUGUCUGCUUCUCAAUCUCAUUUUACAACACCAUCUACUGCCGAGAUAAAAUCUUUAACUCCUGUUGCACAUUCAAGUCCAGCUAUAGUGACGCCUGUGGCUGGUGUUGGUAGUUCACUGUCUGUAUCAUCUCCUGGUACGGACACCGGUACAGGUCCAUCAGUGGCAGAGCCACUAGCUGCAGUUGAUGCUGGUUCAGAUAACCCUGGAACUGCACAUGGGCAUGCUGCUUCUGCUGAUGCUGCACCUUUGCCAAUAAACCAUAAUUCUGCAGACUCAACUGAGGAGGCUGUGAAGUCGUUGCAAACUGUUUUGGGACAAGAAGUGGAGCUGCAAGAAGAUGAUAAAAGCACGGGCAAUGCUGGAAAGACAAAUGAUACUGCCCCAGAAGAAAAAGCCAUUGAACCUGAACCUCCAACUUAUUCUAGCAAACAGGAGGCAAAAGAUGCAUUUAAAGCCCUUCUUGAUUCUGUAAAUGUUGAAUCUGACUGGACAUGGGAGCAGGCAAUGAGGUUAAUUAUCAAUGACAAAAGAUAUGCAGCUCUUCGGUCACUUGGAGAAAGGAAGCAGGCUUUCAAUGAGUAUUUGAGUCAAAAAAAGAAACAGGAAGCUGAGGAAAGGCGUGCGAAGAACAGGAAAGCAAGGGAAGACUUCAAGAAAAUGUUGGAAGAAAGCAGUGAGCUGACUUCAUCAACAAGAUGGGGUAAAGUUGUAAAUAUGUUUGGAAAUGAUGAGCGUUUCGAAGCCAUUGAACGAGUGCGAGAUCGUGAGGAUAUAUAUGAAGAAUUUGUGGCCGACUUGGAAAAGAAGGAACGUGCCAAGGCAGAAGAAGAACGCCAACAUAAUAUGUUUGAGUACAGGAAAUUUCUUGAAUCAUGUGAUUUCAUUAAGGCAACUAGUCAAUGGCGGAGAGUCAAAGAUCGCUUGGAGGGUGAUCAAAGAUGUUCACGGUUAGACAAAAUGGACCAGUUAAAAAUUUUCCAGGAAUAUGUUUGUGAUUUGGAGAAGGAAGAGGAAGAACAACACAGAAUACAGAAGGAAGAAACAAGGAAAGCUGAAAGGAGAAAUCGUGACGAGUUUCGAAAACUAAUGGAAGGACAUGUCUCUGAUGGAAUUCUCACAGCCAAGACACUAUGGCGGGAGUACCACGCAAAGAUAAAAGAUAUACCUGCAUAUGUUGCAGUCUCAUCAAAUAGUUCAGGUUCUACUCCCAAGGAAUUGUUUGAAGACGUAGCUGAAGAGCUAAAGAAGCAGUAUGAAGAAGAUAGGACGCGUAUCAAGGAUGCAGUGAAGUCUGAAAAGGUUAUCUUGUCUUCUACUUGGACCCUUGAAGAGUUUAAGGCUGCGAUUGCUAAUGAACUCAGCUCCCCUGAAGUUUCUGAAAACAACUUAAAGCAAGUUUUUGAAGAAUUGCUUGAAAGAGUUCGAGAAAAAGAAGAAAAAGAAGCAAAAAAGCAAAAACGUCUUGGAGAUGAAUUUUUUAAUAUAUUAUGUUCACUCAAGGAUAUAACGGUCGAUUCGAAAUGGGAGGACUGUCUACCACUAUUUGAAGAUAAAGAAGAGUUUAGGGCCAUAGGGGAUGAAGCUUUUGCUUGGAAGAUCUUUGAGGAGUAUCUUGAUCAAUUGAAGGAAAAGGAGGAUAGGGAGCAAAAAAGAAAAGAUGAAAAGGCAAAGAGAGAGAAGGAAAGGGAAAGAGAUAAAAGAUCUAGGGACAAACGAGAGAAGGAUAAGAGGCGUGACAGGGAUAGAGGAAAGGAUCGAACUGCAAGGGAUGAUGGAGAUGUUGAACCUGAUCUUGAUAAAACUUCAGGAUCAAUUCAGGGCAGAAGAUCAGGAAAAGACAAGGAUAAGAAACACCGUAAGCGUCAUCAUGAUGAUGAGAACGAUUCAAGUUUGGAAAGAAAUGGAAAAGAUCAUUCUAGAAGCUCUCACAGGCACAGCAGUGAACAUAAGAGAUCAAGACAAACGGAGGAGCAGUUUACAGACGUGCCUGGAUUUGACAAUGAAAGCAAGCAUAAGAGACACAAGAGGGAACAUCGUAAUGGUUCUCGUAGAAAACCAGAUAAUGAGGAUCUUGAAGAUGGGGAGCUGGGUAGCUGGUGAUUUGUGAGGAAUGUAUGUUAGCAAUAUGCGGAGGAAUCAAACAUUAUUUAUAGCUGGACAUCAUGGACGAUCAAUCCUUUUGCUUCCUGCAUGAAUGUGCUUGCUUGAAGAGUCUCAUUCCAUGAGCCUUGCGGAAGGAAAGCAACUCAAUGGCACUUCUGCAUUGAAAUGCUAGCCAAAACUCGCAUGUAAUCAGGAAGGUAUCUUUCUUUAUGGCAAGAUUUAGACAGUAUUUUGGAUCAUGCUCAUCAACUUUCUCAAUCUAGAAUAAGUAAUAGUUUUGGGUUGCAAUAUUAUGAUGGUGUUGAUCAAGAUUUUAUGUGGGUUAUUAAAUAGUUACUUCGUAGUGUUAUAUUAGGGUCAAAUUUUGUUUGCACAUAGGUUCAAACAGGUGUCCAUGUACCUGAAAAUGCUCUCGGUAUUAGAUUGCCGAGUUCAGUGGUUGAAUCCUGAACUUUUCACAUCCUCCUUAAUCCUUAUCUAUCUGUCUUUUGUGUAUCAUACGUGAUAAUACUCUUUCCAUCAUUAAAUAAUAGGUCACUCUAUUUUAGUUCUAGAAAGAUGCUAGUGACAAAAAUUUCUUUUAUUUAAGAGUAGAGGUGUUCAAUGGGGCGGGUUGACCCAAUGGGUCAAGAGCCGGGUCAUUAGUAUUUGGGUGGCCCUGCCCGGCCCAUUAAGAAUUUAACAUGGCCCGGACCAUUAAGACUUUGACCCGACCCGACCCAGCUCUAGUUGAGAGUUAGGACAAAGACAUCAAGUUUUAACAUGAAUGUGAAAUUUGAGGUCUAUACUUAGCUCGAAAAAUUAGUAGGGUUUUUUGUUUUUUCCUUGUUGACCCAAAAAACUCUUACAGAGAAAGUCAAAAGUAGACUAAAAAGAAAAGCCGAAGAUAGAACUAUUUGAUAGAUAUAUUUCCCUGCCUUUUCCAAGAGUAAUUUCGUGAUUUUUUUUUCCAAUUAACUUGGGGAAUGUUUUGUGCGGUACCAAGGGGAGAAAACAAAAGAAAAGGAAAGGAAUGGGAUCAAGAAAGGGAUAGCAAUGGGAAGGAGUCAAAACCCACCAACUUACCCACUAUGGUUGGUUCAAAUGGUAGAAAGGUCUAGAUUACCUUUUGUGUUUGGUUAGCAGCUGGUUUGCGGGAGAAAGAAAAGGCACUCUUUCAAUAUAUCUAUUCUUCAUUUCCUUACCAUCACAUCCCGACAUCAAGCUUUAACCUCCAGUGACCGAUAUUUGGGCUGCCUUCUUUGACAAUUACUACAACCCACUGACCCCAGUAACACUCUACCUCUUCUCCCACCACUGGUGUAUAAAAUGGUUUGAUUCUAACAUUGCUGAAUGUGCUCCUUUUAUGCUUGAAUUUGAACAUCUUCAAUUAUGAAUAUCAAUUCCUUGAUCUUCAGUAUCUCCUUGCUCUCUAUCCUUUCUUUCAGCAUCUCCUCCUAACAAAUUUGCUUCUCAUUCUCAGUUUCUAACUCUCAGACCGAAACUAGCUGUGAUGUUUUGGUAUUUCUUGAGGCGAUAUUGAGUUCGAGGGAGGGGAAAAUGGUGACAUAUCUAUUGAGAGGUUUGUUGGCUUAAAGAAAUGAUUAAUGGUUACCAACCUCUUCAUUGAUUUUAAGGAGUUCUGAAAUGUUAGGAGUUAGGCUGUACUUGGGAAGAAGAAUGUGAGAAGUGAUAUUACAAAAGAGUGUGAAAAAGGGAUUUUCGAGAAGCGAUGGUUAUGUUGACUGUGGUGAUAGUAAUGAUGGGAAUGUUUGUUUUGGUUGUUAGUUGGGGUCGGGGGUGAGAAGUGGUGGUCGAUAAUGUAGGGGUUUCAAUGAGCGUUCAAGGUGGCUAUCAAACCUUGUUGAGCUUAUCACUUAUCGUCUAUCGCAUGUUGGUAUUAUGUUCAUACCUUGUAUACAUAACAUUUUCAUGCGCCUUUUUUGUUUUGAUCUAUGUAGCUGACUUCAUAUUAUUGGGAUUAAAGCUUUUGCGUUGUUGUUAAUGUAUGCUUUUGGAAAACUUGCUGAAUUACAACCUUGAUCAUCAUGUGAAGCAUCGUAGUUAACAACAAUAGGUAGGUUCCUUGACUAUUACACGAAGCAUUUUUGCACAAACCUUCAGGGUAUAGAGCAAACUCAUAGAGACAAAGAAACAAUAUAAAAUGUGGUAUUUUCGAUUGGCUUUUCAAUUCGAGUUGUAUUCCUAAACAUAAUCACAUCCUUUAUUGUUUUUAUACUCUUAAUAGUGUUGUUUUUUCUAAGCGAGGAAAGUUAAGGUGACUCCCACAUAAGAUUAUGUUUUUAAUAACUAAAAUGAUAGGUAGUGGUGGUUUUAGAAUGUAACUUGACGCUUUACUUUUUCUGUUUAUUUGAAUUUUUGAAUGAUCUUUUAACAAGCUCGCAUAUAAAAUCAAAUUUUGUUGUUCAGCUUUUUAGUUGUCACUCAUUGUAUUUUUGGGUUUUUUAAUCGAAAUGGGAUUGUUUAUAUAACAAAUUUUUUCAGGACUAAUAUUUGAUAGAAGAUAUUAAUACAACCUAAUAUUGAAGACUUGUUUAAUUAAUUUUAGUAUAGUUCAAGAUCAAUUAACCAUUUUAAAAUAAAUAUUUGAAUUUCCCAAAUCUUAUCUUAUGCAUUAGGGAAUACAAAACUUACCAGGUGGGCCAACCCUUUCUGGGGUAUUAGCCCCCAUAGCUGAAUAUAGUAUCUGAAGUGAAACACAUCUCGUGAUUUUACCAUAUUUAAUUCUUCGUGGAUCUUGAUUAUUGGUCGAUAAUUAAUGAACAAAAUAGAAAAAUAUUAUUUGGAUGAAAUGAAUGUGUGAAUGAGAUGAAUAUAUACAAAGAAAUUUGAGUUUUUGGAUAAGAUUAUGAUUUUAAGCUCAGAAAGAAAUGUAUUAAAAUUAAUAGGGCACUGAAAAAUGUAGUAUAUUUGAAGUAGUUUUUGGGGAAAAUUACCAGGAAUAAUAUAAUGUUUUGUUUAUUUUUCUACAAUAAUAUCAACUUUUAAUUAACCAUGAAUAAUACUAACUUAAAGGGGUGUUUUUCUAGAAAAUCUCCAACAUGUUAAAAGUCAAACUAUAGGUGAUUAUAAGACAAAAAAAAUUGGUAAGUUAGUUAAUAUACUAAAGUUGGUAUUAUUUUAGGAAAAUACCCCUUAAGUUGGUAUUAUUCAUGGUUAAUCAAUAGUUGGUAUUAUUGCAGGGAAAUUAUCAAAAUAUUGUAUUAUUCACUGUAAUUUUUCCUAGUUUUUAUGUCUCUUUAAUUUUGCUGUAGUUUCUAAACUUCUCAUUCUGUACUAUGUUUUGUGAUUUUUUUCUGUUUGUUUGUUGUCUUAUUAUAUUGCUGCAAAUUAAUAAAGUAUAUUUACUGUAUUGUAACAAAAUCAAAGACAACAAGGAAAUAGAAAUUAGACAAAAAAUAAUAAUAAUAACAUGCUAAAAUUUAACUACCAACUUAUGGCAAUCCUUGGGAGUUAGGCUUGGGCUAGCAAAGGUUUUGAAUCCUUCUACAAUCAAAAAAUAAGAAAAAAAUGAAAAGAAUAAGGUUAUUAUAAAAAAAUUCCUAAAAUAAUCUUGAAGAAUUUUAUUUCCCAAAAUAAGUGUUUUCGUGUUUAGGUCAGGUUUAUUUGCCGUUACUAACAGCGAACAAAGAAAAAAGUCAAAAUUAUUUGUUCGUUGUUAGUAACAGCAAACAAAGAAUUUUGACUUUUUUUACUAGUUUCUCUGUUUAUUGCUAAUAAUAGGUAACAUAUUUGGCCUUAGCUUUGGCAUGGAAAUGAUUAUUUUGGGAAUUAAAAUUUUACGAAGUUUAUUUUGAGAAUUUUUUUUAUAAUAAGCUAAGUUUGUUGAUAAAUUCCAAAAAAUAUUAAGUACAAUAACAAUAUCAAAAUAUUUUUAAUCUCAAAAAAUUAGGGUUGAUUAAAUAAAUUAACACAUCAGUUUUAAUGUCUGUCCACGCUACUCCAUUGAUUUCAAUAUUCUACCAUCUCAAUUUGUAAGUAUAGGUCGUUCAUAUCAUUUUUCAUUCUUGUUCUCCAAGUUGUGCUUUACGGACAGAAAUGUGAUAAAUUCGUAAAUAAAAUAAAAAAAUAAGUUAAAUGUGUAGAUAUUUUUUUAAAAAUAGAAUGUAGUGGUCAAAAAUAAAAAUGUAACAAGAGAGACUUUUCUUAAUUUUUUAUUGGAAAAUUUCAUGUGUUGAUCUUGAGUUUUUUAUUUUUUAAGUGGUACACUUAUUUUAUCUGCGUGGUGGACCGGUGGCUUUUAGUUUUACAAGUUAAUUCUCCGUGCCCCUACAUGUAGAUAAACACAAGGUAAUUCGUUAAGUGAUGAAUUUACGUUAUCACUAGGGGUGUUUAAUGGACCGGGCCUUCAUUUUGAGUCGUAAUCCAAUCCUUUUUAAAAAGGGCUUUAUAAGGGCCGGGCCAAAAAUGGGUCGGGGCGAAAACGGGUUAUACUAUAAUUAAAAUGAAGUGGGUUAUAAAAUGGCUCAAUAACGGCCUAACAUGGGUCUUUGUAAAUAGCAUAAUUAAUGUAUAAUUUAAAUAUUAUAAAUGACAAUGUCAAUAAAAUUAUUAAUACUUUUCAAUUUAAUUAUUAUAAAUGAUAAUUUAAUUGUUAUAAAUUGAUAAAUGGGGAUUAAAAUAAUUUUUAAUAGUAAAAAUGGGCGGGGUUGGGCUGUGCGGGCUUUGAAAGCCCGGCCCAUUUAAAGCCCAUAUUAAUUUUAAAGGGCCCUUGUUCGGCUCAGUCCAUAUUUACUUAAGCCCGAGCCGACCCUUAUCCGGUCGAUUUAGCUUUUCAUUAUUUUUGAUUAAAACUGAGAGUUUCUCCUCUAUUUUAAUGUUAUAUAUAUUCAAAUCUUCUAUAUAACAAUGGAAGAAAAGUUUUAGAUUUUUUGGUUAAUUUGAAUUUUUGGAAUUUAGAGAAGAGCUUAAAUUUAGUUUCAAAAUUUUGGGAUUUUGGUUUUUAAUUUACAAAUCUUCUUUUAUGGUGAUUUGUUCUAUUGGCAAGCUCAUAAGUUUUCUGGGUAAGGUUGAGAAAUAAAACAAAAUAACUGCGUUCUUACAAAGCGAAGAGGUUGCAGCUGUUUUGAUUUUUUUGUUUUGCCAUUGAUUUUGGUAUUUUUCUAAUUUAUUGAUAUGUUAUCAUGUUGGGUUUUUAUGGGAUGGUAAGAGUUAGUUUUGGUGGGAGAUUAGAACUUAAAUGGAAUUUAUUGGAAAAUUUGCAAAGAGGUCACGAAGGUCUGAUAGUGUGAAGUUCAUUAACACGUGGAUUAAAAAAAAUGUUUAUUAUGUGGACAAGUUGAAAACUCAGAAUCACUAUGAGGGAUUUUCCUUUCUUAUUUAAAGAUAAAAUGUCAUAUGGUUAUUUGGCAAAUUGCUUAUUUCUUAAUUUUAUGUUGACUUUUAAUUUUUGAAUUUUGGAAUUUUUUUUCUUGGUCAAACUACAAGAAAAAUAUUACUUCAUAUUCCAAACAAAUGUCUCAUUUGGUUUGACAUUAAUUUGGAGGGACCAGAAAUGAGAUAUUUGAUUAGAAUAUGAUAAAACAUUUAAUCCAAAACAAAGAUUUUGAAUUUUUGCCCAAUUUUUUUU